AUGUAUAAAGCUUACUUCACCUCCUUCGGCGCCUUUCUGUCUGUCUACGUUCUUCGAGCCGCAAAGAGUUUGAAGUACAACACAGACAAAGAGAAGAUGUCUGAGAAAAAGGGAAGGAAAGAGGAAGUGGUGACCAGAGAGUACACCAUCAACCUCCACAGACGCCUCCACAGCUGCACCUUCAAGAAGAAGGCACCAAAGGCCAUCAAGGAGAUCAGGAAGUUCGCAGAGAAAGCCAUGGGGACAAAGGACGUUAGAGUAGACGUGAAGUUGAACAAGCAGAUUUGGAGCAGAGGAAUCAGAGGUCCUCCAAGGAGGAUCAGGGUCCGUGUUGCGCGUAAGAGAAACGACGAUGAAGACGCAAAGGAAGAGUUUUUCUCACUUGUCACUGUUGCUGAAAUCCCUGCUGAAGGACUAAGUGGACUCGGCACUAAGGUCAUCGAUGAGGAGGAUUGA